AUGUUCGAGGGCCGACAUGCAGCAGACAGAUACCGGCUGCGCCUGCACCGCGCGCGCUCCGUCAUCCUGACGCCCGACGAGCUCGUUGAGAUCCGGGCGGCGCAGCGAACCUUCGAGGGCGCCUACAUCCGCACCGCGCUCGGCCAGUUUUCAUUUGCGCUGGUGGUGCUGAAGAUCUUCACCGCCGAGUUCUACUCCAUCGGUGCGUUGUUCGCCGUGUACGGGGCCGGGGUGCUGUUCACCAGCCUGCUCCGGCGGCAGCACGGCAACAAGCAGUUCUUCAGCGAGGUGGGCGAGGACGGCCUGCACCGCAAGAAGUUCAGGACCAGCGGCAACGUCGUUUCAGUGCUGACGGCGCUAUCAGUGGCGGCGUACGCGUCGCUGCUGGUCCUGACACUGAAGCUAUCGACAUGA